AUGUCUACAUCUACCGGAGCUCCGCGUAGAGGAGCCGCGCCGACUGGGAGAGGCGGAUUUCCAGCUGGCAGAGGGAGAGGCGGUGCUCCCCCUGGAGGCGCUUCGUCUACCAAGGGAAAAGAGCGAGCCCCCGCGCCGUCAGGUCGAAGAUUUCUCAUCUUCUGCGACGGAACCGGCGAAGUUGCACCAGAGAAGACCUCGGGCAGCGAAAGUAACCUGGCGAAACUCGCCCUCUCCAUGGCAGAGCGCGGCUCCGAGGGCCAAGAGCAAAUUUGUUUCUACCAGCAAGGAGUAGGCACCGUUGCGUUUACCCAUCCUAUACAGAAAAUCAAUGAAAUGACCUUGGGCCAAGGCCUCGAGGACCACAUCAAGAUCAUAUACAACUACAUUGCUCCUCUCCCAAGCCAAGCAGCACCCUCACCUGAUGAUCAUCCGAGGAUUCAACAAGGAGACACUUUGUGUUUCUUUGGCUUCUCCAGAGGAGCAGCAACAGCACGCUUUGCGGCCGAUUUCAUUGCAACUGCCGGUUUCCCAGCUGGCGGUCAGUCUAGGAUGGCGAAUUUCGACAUCUUCUUCCAAGACUGGAAGAAUGCAUCAGAUAAUAGCCGAUACCGAGUUCCACAGUCCGUGAGGCUCAUCAUGCCCAAAGUCGAAUGUGUUGGAGUUUUUGACACAGUCGAAGCCCUUGGACUGCCGAGAUCCACACAGCAGAGGGUGCGCAGCGGAGUGCCCCCUACAAUCCCAGACUUGUCGACAAAGGCAAAGCUCCUCCAUGGAAGUAUCCAGUACGGAUUUCAAGCCCUUGCUUUGCAUGAAAUGCGCCAGGCGUUUUUACCCGAGGUUUGGGGCCCACCACGGGCACUGGGACAAGUCAUCAAACAGACCUGGUUUCUUGGGAAGCAUUCAGAUGUCGGCGGUGGCCCUUCCUCAGCUGGGCCAAACUCCGGUCUAGCAGGUACGGCGUUCCGAUGGAUGAUAGCGCAGCUCAACAGCAUUGGCAUCACAGUCGCUGCGACUGGGGGCCUUGGUGAAAACCUAGCAAUUCCAGAAGAAGAAGCAGGACAGGGCCAAGUUCGAACCCAAGGCACAUUCAGUGGCGGCAUUCAGGGAGGCCAGGCACCGAGAACACCGGGACGAUACUCAAUUGGAAUGGAGAAGGUCCACGAAUCUGUCCGAUUGCAAGGGCUGACGAACGUCAGUCAGCUACCCGACAGGCCUGCCCUUGCCGAGCUCAUAGGGGAGCUACGACAAGAAGGAGGGAGGUUUAUCUGGGUGAACGGAAACAUCAGGAUGGAAGAAGACACAGAUAUUGCGCCUCCAGAAGGGAGCACGACAGCUCAGGCCACAAACGCACCGCUACAUCCACUGCCUAGCACCGCGAGACCCGGUGGCGGUGUGGUCCCUCAACGGCCUCAAGGGAGAGGAGGUGGAGUAAGAGGUGGAGUGAGAGGAGGUACAAGAGGAGGUGCAAGAGGUGGUGCAAGAGGAGCAGGACCAUCUGGGCAAACUGGUACUUGA